ACUGCGCAUGCGCCGCUGUCGCCGCCAUCUUUUUCGCCGCCGCCGCCGCCUCCCCUUAAUUCCCUCAGUCAGUCAGCCGGGACUCUGGGAGAAGGAGAGGAGGGAAGCCCGGCGGCGGGGGCAGAAGAGGAAGCAGGAGGCUGAGGCGGCCUAACAUCCCGACAUCCCUCUGCUCCUCGGCCUUGCUGCUGUGAGGCGCCGCGAGGGCCCUUGGCCAUCAUGGCCCUCCGCAUCCCUCACGGCUCUUGAUGGGGAGGCGCCUGGCCCCCGAAGGAUACAGUACGUAUCCCUCCUCCCUCUCACUCCGGGGUCCCCUUCCUCCGCUCCUGCUUCCCUCGCUUCCUUCGUUAUCCAGCAGCAGUAGCCGCCACCGCCGCCGCCGGGAGAGAGGAGGGGGCCGGUCUGGGCGGCGGAGAGGGAGGAGGAGGAGGAGGAGGAGAAGAAAGUGAAUGAUGGCCCAGCCUUGAGUGGCGUAUUCAGGGAGGGAGGCUGCUGCUGUCUGGAGGGCCCUGGGAACACGCGCGUGAGUGUUGGGCUGUGUGUCUCCCUUUCCCCCAGGGCCCCUGCCUGGUCUUCCUUCCUUCCUUCCUUCCUCUCUCUCUGUCUCUUUCCCUCCAUUCUGGGGGACUGGCUGCACUCCUUUCCUCUGGGUGCCUCCUGCUUAGUCUUCCUUCCUUCUUUCUUUCCUCCCUCCCCGCCCUCUCUCUUUUUCUCUCUCCGUUCUGUGCCCCUUUCCUUUGGGUACCCUUCCUUCCUUCCUUCCUUCCUUCCUUCCUCCAUUCUACAGGACUGGCUGUGUCCCUUUCCUCCAGUGCCCCUGCCUAGUCUUCCUUCCUUCUUCCUUUCUUUCCUUCCUCCCUCUCUCUGACUCCCUCCAUCCUGGGGGACUGGCUGAGCUCCUUCCCUCUGGGUGCCCCUGCCUAGCCUUCCUCCCUCUCCCUCCAUCCUUAAAACAGCCCUCCUCCAAUGCACCACCACCACCAGCCUGACUCAGCUGCAGACACUGGCGGCAGGAAGAUGGCGCACCCGGCGAUGCUUCCUCGCAGGGGCAGCAGCAGCAGCAGCAGCAGCGCCGCCAACACUACCAACACCGUCGCAGCCAGCCUGGAGGAUUACCCGCCCUCCCUGCUCGCCCAACCGCCUCCUCUUACAGCAGCAGCAGUAGCAGCAGCAGCAGCAGCAUCUUCUCCUGCUUUGCCAGGGCCCCAGGCGCCCCCUCUUCUUCCUCCUCCUCCGCAGAGCUUGGCCCUCCUCUCCCAGCCUCCUCCACAGCUCCAGCCUCAGCCUCCUCCAGGCCUGGCCCAGGCAGGGUCCCAGAUGAAGAAGAAGAGCGGCUUCCAAAUCACCAGCGUGACCCCGGCCCAGAUCUCAGCCAGCCUCAGCUCCAACAACAGCAUCGCCGAGGACACAGAGAGCUAUGACGACCUGGAUGAGUCCCACACGGAGGACCUAUCCUCCUCAGAGAUCCUAGACGUCUCCUUGUCCAGGGCCACCGACUUGGGGGAGCCGGAGCGCAGCUCCUCUGAAGAGACGCUCAACAACUUCCAAGAGGCCGAGAGCCCCGGGGCCGUCUCCCCCAACCAGCCUCACCUCCCACAGCAGCAGCAGCAACAGCAGCACCCACAGCAGAGCAUGGUGAUCAACGGGAGCGUCCACCCGCCUCAUGGACAUCAUUACCACCAUCACCACCACCAUCACCACCACCACGGGCAUCACCAUGCAGCCCAUUCUGCGGUGGGCGGCCCAGCAGCUCCCGGAGGGCCUCCGUCCAGUCCCUCGUUUAGAAAGCUCUCGACCACUGGAAGCAUGGAUGGUGCUGCAGCGGCAGCCGUGCCUGUUUGUGCUGCAUCGUCCACUGGUACACCUGGAGCUGCCGUUGUGUCUCAUUUCCGUGGCCCUGGUCCAGCCGGGGCCACUUCUGCCAGUGGAGCUACUACCGGCACAUUCAGCAGCAGUGUUGGCCCUACCAUGGCAAGCAGCAUGCCUAGUCAUGUGAAUAGGGGUCUAAGUAAUAUCCUGAGUACAGGUGGUGGAGCUGCUUUGUCAGGAGCAAGUGGCAGUGUUAAUGUUGCUGUCUUAAGCGGGGUUAGCAAUGGCACAAGCACAACGUCUGGUGCUCUUGGUAACUCUAGCAAUCCAGUUGCCGGAGCAGCAAUGGGAGCAACGUCUAGUCACCUGCAGCCUGCAGCCAGCACUUCCAGGUUUAGAGUUGUGAAACUGGAUUCUAGUUCAGAGCCUUUUAAGAAAGGCAGAUGGACAUGCACAGAGUUCUAUGACAAAGAGAACCCUGCGUCACUCGCAGAAGGAGUAGCAUCAGUAAACAAAGCAGUAGACACUCUGAAGCAAAACCCUCUCGAAGUGACUUCUGAAAGGGAGAGUACCAGUGGGAGUUCAGUUAGCAGCAACGUAAGCACACUGAGUCACUAUACGGAAAGCGUGGGAAGUGGGGAGAUGGGAGCACCUACUGUGGUGGUGCAACAGCAAGCCUUUCAAGGGGCUGUCUCUCAGCAACUGGAUUUUAGCAACUCUGGCCCUCAAGCUGUGUCAGCACCUAGUAUACCCCAGAGCAUUUCUCAAUCCCAGCUUGCACAGGUACAGCUUCAUCCUCAGGAUGUGAAUUACCCUCAGCAACAGCCAGGGGUCCAGCCCCCUGUGUCAGCUGUUCCUCCUCCUGUGAAUAUAGUAGGUGGCCAUCAGCAACCAAGUAUAGCUCCGCAACAACAGCUACCAUACACCCAGUCAUCGCAACCUGUGCAGGCUGUUCCAGUUGUGCCACAACAGCAGCAAUUAUCGUAUGGACAAGGACAGGCACAGCACCCAACACCACCUCAACAGAUGCCUGUGCAGAUGGCCUCAGGGCACGUUCAACCAGUGAAUCAAAACUCCGUUACAGGGCCUGUGCCAGAUUACAUGCAGCAGCAGCAGCAACAGCAGCAGCAGCAGCAGUCAAUGGGUCAAACUCCAGCUUCUAUGCAGACUGGGCCGACAAUGGUGGGAACAGGUGCACCUAUAGCUCAGGCACCAAGUGUUCAGCCUUCAGUACAAGCACACUUGGGAGUGACAUCCUCUCAGCCUGUUGCCCAUGCCCAGACCACAAUGCCAACCAUAGGAAGUAGUGCUCAGAUGAUGAAUGUUGGGCAACAAGCAAAUAUACCUACUGUGGUGCAGCAGCCGCCUGUUACAAACCAAAUUAACCCCCCAGUGAUGGCACAAAAUGCUGCUCCUCCGCCUUCUCAAGCAGUACCCCCUGUUCCAGCGGGGAUUAUUCAUUCGGGACAGCAGGGCAGCACAUCAGGCCUUGCUCAGCCAUUGGUUAUUGCUCCACAGAGUACAUUAUUACCAGUGCAAGCAGGAGAGUCUCUUGUUCAAGGACUUGCUGGCCAGCAGUUGCCUCCUGUUAGCCCUGUACCUUCUGUUAGUGCUGUUCCUGCUCCAUGUCAUUCUGCUGCAAAUGUCCCCCCUGCUGCUAUGAGUUUGGCUCCUUCAAAGAACAUAGCACAAUCUUCAGGUGGGCAGAAUGGGAACUUGGUUCAAAAUGUAUCUCAGCCUUCAUUGGUACCCACUAGCAUCAAUUUGCCUGUAGCCCAAAAUGUGUCUCCACAAAUACCACUGAACUCUGCCCAGUUUUCUGCCCAGUCUCUUGCUCAGGCAGUUCUCUCCCGAGCUGAAGAUGCCAGACGCUCCACAGAUCCCACCUUGGGUGGUUUAUCCCAACCGACCAGCGGUGAAAGCGGAGGUGGUGCAUCAUCAUCAUUGUCAUCCAUUUCAGAUGUGGGCAGCAGCAUGGCAUCUUCUCUUUUCCCCCUGAAGGUACUUCCAUUGACAGCCCAGCUGGUUGAUGGUGAGGAUGAGAGAAAUCCAAGUGAUGAGCUGGUGGCUUUGGACAUUUGGUGUUGUUGUUUAUAUAGUCCAGGAAAGGGAACCAGGUCUCUUCGAAAGAUUUACAAAUCUUGUUUCUUCUAAUUUGCUAAACUCUCUUAACUUCUGACUGGAGAAUGAUUGGAGAAAUGACUUCUGCAGAGGCAACAGACAACACUUUACCCUGCCUUUAGAGACUGCCAUGAAGGAUGCAUUCCAUAACUUGAAUGCAAAGCGGAGCACAACCCUCCAUCCUUACAGAUACAGAAUGACUGAGUCUAACAUUGCACAGUAGUAUGCCCCUGAAGAGGCACUACCAAAGUUAAUUAUGUCUAGUGCAAAAGCUGGGAGGUCUGACUGAGCCACACAGGUAGGUAACGAUGCUUAAUAUGUGGAAGGAAAAUAAUACAAGUCAACACAUAACUGAUUUGCAGUACUGCAAAACAAUCAUUCUAGAGGUAAUUUCUUAAGGAAAGAAUAUAAUUCUAUAGUUAGGUAGGUAGUGUUCAGUUAGUUCAUGUUGUUUUUCUGGUUGUCCCCCAUGCACUCCCCCCCCCCCCGUGCCCUAGGCUUUGCUGGUUUAACAAGCCUUUAGGAAAAAGAAUCUGUAAUCUAGAACGCCAUUAUGAUUUCUGUAAAUUGGGUGUAAACUGUAUAUUUAGGAGUAUGUAUUUCGCAGCAGUUCUGGUAGCAAUGGUUAAUUUUCUUACAGGCAUGUAAAAUCAGCAGUUACAGAAUGCACUUCUACACAUAUGCAUGCAUGUUCUAAAAGUGAGGCAGAUGAAACCCAGCCAUCAGUUCUGUAAACAUUUCAUCAAACAAUAGGAAACAUUCAGAAAAUGUGAUGUAUCUGGAUCGCUAAUUCACCUUGAGACUAAACAACAGACCAGACCUUCCAUGCAUAAGGCAAAAACAGUAGUGUCCAUUCUAGGGUAAUACAUGAGCUACCAAGUUGGGUAAAACCAGUAAUAUAGAACUGUACAGUAGUUACAUUCUGAAAGAAGAGUGUGUGAUAGCUGGAAGGUUUCUGGGCUGCAGGGAUAAUCACUGUUUUAAAGAACAGUUCAUCUACUAAUCUUACUCUACUAUGUUCAGUGGUACUAUUACAUGCAUCAGUGGGAAAGAUGCAUAGUUUAAUUGUUUCAAAUAGUGUGUCUAGCUGUGCUAUAGCGUGUUCAGUUUAUGGUACUGCUAAAGACAUUGUAAUAAGAUUCUGAUGACUUAAAUUAAGCCUGUUAAGAAAUUAAGAUGUUGUUGCAGAGCUGGACAUAUUUGAAACAAAUUAUUUAAUGAAGUAUGACUGUGCCACUUUUCAUAUAGCCUCUCUUCAGGAAAAAAAACAACAGUUAUCCUUCUAUUGGCUAAAAGUAAUGGGGGGUCUUCAUUAACUUUUAAAAUACAUUUUGUAAUUGUUUGUAAAGAAAUAUUUACUGUAUUUGAGUUCUCUGUAGAAUAUAAACAUCAGACGAAGUCAUGAAGAACCAGGGAUAAAAGGAGUCAAUAGUGAAUCAGCUAAAUCCAAUGUGAAGAAUGCACAUAGAAUUUCUGGAAGGUACCAUCCAGCACUGCUGACAGGAUUUCCCUUAGAGUGCUGCCCUUCUUGGAACUAGGGGGGAAACAGCAUCACCAAAAAUAAGAAAGGCAAACAGCUGGGUUCUGGAGAACUUGGAUCACUGGAUCGAAGAAAAGCAAGGAUGACAAGCAUAACUGAUGGAUCAAAGAAUUCUGCUUGUUUUGAAAGCCUUUUUAAAAGGAUGCAAAGUGAAUGACACCAUGUGUUUUUUUUUAUUCACCAGGAUAAUUUUAGUAUCAGCAAAAGCCUAUUAGUAGUCUACACUCUUUUUCCUGGCAUCCUUCAGAUCUGUUGGACUACAGCUUCCAUCACCCCCACACAUUGCCACUUGACGUGCAGUGAUGGGAAUCGUAAUACCACAGAUGUAGGGGAUAACAGCUUGGAAAACAUUGUGUUAUUAUGUUAAACAUAUAAGUGCUUGGGGGCACAGAAUCAAUCGCUUCUUGAAAAGGCUUCAGUAAAGUCUCGUUCUUGUAAAGUGACUAGGUUAUUUGCACCAAAGUAAUUGUUUUAUUGCUAGUAAACUUUAUAACAACUUAAGUCAGAUUUUUUUUUGAAGAAAGGCCCAUGCACCUAUAAAACAUCUUAUCCAUUUAACAAAUGAUAUGGAAUGCAAAAAUUUGCCUUCUUUUAAGUAGGUUUAGUAUCUUUAAAUUUUAUUUGACUGUUAAAGGAAGCUUGGUAAUUAUUCAGCAUAUAAUAAAACUGAGGUCUGAAUAUUUUAGAAUAGAGAUAUUGAGCAGUGAACCUAAUUGUAUGUGCAUGCAUCAUAACUGUUUCUUCUGUUGGAUGUAAUAUUUUUUAAAAAGAAGGAGAAACAGGUUAUUUUAAGGUGUUAAUUCUGUGCAAGAGGCAGGAAUAGUUUAGUGGUGUAGACCAGAUCCUUUUUUUAAUAGCUUAGAGAUUUCCAUAUAUUAUUAUUAUUAUUAUUAUUAUUAUUAUUAUUAUUAUUAUUAUUAUUAUUAGAGAGUUGAUCUCAUUAUUGCUUUGCUUUUAUUUUUAUGUUAACUUCCCAUUAUUUAUUUAUUAAAGUUUAACAUUUGAAGAAAUGAAAUUAACAUUAAAGAAUAAAUUUUUACUACCUAUAUUAUUUGUUUAAUGAUUGAAUGAUUAAUUAAUUAUUCAUUAAAAUAAUUAAGUAACUUAAAGAACAAAGAAGCAGAAGAAAAGAGCAAGAAAGAAAUAAUGAAAAGAGGAGAGAAAAAACACCAAGGAAUAAAAGGAUUUGGGAAGAGAAAGAAGGUUUUAUUUUAGUAUAACUAAAAUCUCCAACAAUUUCUUGAACCCUGUCUAACUUUUUACCUCUCCUUCCUUUUUAAACAAACCGUGAAAACAAUCUGCCCUGAAAUGACUGCAUCUCUAAUGGGGCAUUUGUCUUGGAUUGUUUAUAUGGGGUAAGGAACUACUGGUACAUCAUUUUAAAGAAUUUUCUUUAAGACGUAAACUGGUAAGAAUAAACGGGAUAUUAAACAGCCAAACCUGGCCUAAUUGAUGAACGAGACCAAAUUGUAAAUGAUCUUUUCCUGCAUUUGCUGCCAUAUGUGGGAUGUAAGUUAGCAUAUUUGGUCUCACAAGGUAUGAAAUAAACUUUAAUGAUGAAUGUAUCUGAAUUUGACUUCAUUAAAAAGUUUUCAAAA